CUCCCUUUUGUGGCAUAAGAAGUUAGUGUUAUUGUACCCGCAUAUCGCUUACGAUAUUAAAAAGCCACAAAGCCCGCGUCAGUGUACAUUGAAAUUUCACGGGGCAUACGUUUUUUCUACAUUAAAGUACAUAAUAGUUGCAGGCGAACUCUGGAGCAGGAGAACACUGACUGGUGGUUGGGUGGGGUGCGUGGGUGGACUUCACUGCGAUUGCGACUGCGACGGCGACUGCGACUGCGAGUGCUGCUGCUGUUGCUCCAUAGUAUAAACGAAGUGUUUCCCAAGCUUACAAUGAAAAUGUUCUCUUUUUUCUUGCAGUUCCACUGCAUACCGGAAAAUAAACAAAUACAAGAAGCAUAAAGUAUGCAGAAAAUUAAAUACAAAAGAAGCAUUUAAGUGUUGCGUGUGAGAGAAAGAAACAAGAAUACAGAAAUUAAGCAAAGCUAGAAAAAUUACCGUUCUGCUCGUCGUCAUAAAAAGUUUUUGUUUAAAUAACCAAAUCUAACAAAUCUUCGUUGCAUUUAAAUACAAGAAACUGGUCUAUAAAAUCAAACUAAUCAAAAGCCGCAGACAGUGAAACAAAACGACAAGAAUUGCAAAAUAACAAAACUUGACCAGCAAAUGCAACAUUUAAUAAUCAAUUAAAAUACUUAUAUAUAUAUAUAUAUAUAUACAAACAUGCAGAUAUAACCAACUACACACGUUCCUUAAAACUAAUGUUUUCCAAACGCAACUAAAUCAAACGAUAACGAUUCAAGAAGAAGAAAACCGACACGUCGUGAAGUAACGGAAACAUCACCUCAUAAGGCAUAACCACAUAGGAAUAUUACAUACACACAUACUACUUCACGCAUAAGUUAUAUACAUAUACAUACAUAUAUAUAUAUACACAUAUAUAUAUAUAUUCAAAAACGACACCGAUUUAAAUAAGCUGCAGGGAAACAAUACGAAAAACAAAACCAGAAAAGCAAAAAUCGUUUUGUUUUUUUUUUUUUUUUAAUUAUUAUUUAGUGCUAGUACAUAAAACGACCACAGAUUUAUUUAAUUAACAAGAAGAAGAUCAAGAAAAGCAGAACGUUUGGAUUUAUCUCGUCAUAAAGUGCAUCGUCGUCGCAAUUAGGUUUUUAUUCAUAAAUGUCUCUCAGCAAAACACACAGCCGAUAGCUUAAUGCGUGUUUAUGAACAGACGGAACACAACGCGAAUCAGUUGAAGUCGUCGUGCUCGAUGUGGUCAUCGUAUUUGUACUCGUCAUUGUCAGAGAGAUGCGCCAAAGUCUGUUUAGGAAGAUAGUCAACUGAGUACUGAGUACUACAAACGGAACAGAAUAAACCCCCGCACAACACACACAGGCACACACACACACACGCACACAGCACACGCAACAAGAGAAUCCUUUGAAGGAAGCAAGCCAUAGCCAAAGAGAGCCUGAGUGUCGUAGAGAACAGCGAGCAACGCCAAAGUACAAAUGCUCACGAGCAACUGAGUAAAUCGAAAUUAAAAGCAAAAACAUUCAACAAUUUAUGUAGCACAAACUUAGAGAGCAAGAAAGCACUAAACGGGAUUCGGCUAAAACAAAACAAUCUGAGAAACAGCAACACCAAAAACAAUUAAUUAACUUGAAGCAAGUGGAGGGGGAAAACUACUUUACUAUAGAAAACAGGAUAAGCCCUACAAUCCAACUGAAAGAUUUACUCACGUCACGGAGCGUGGUAAAGGCUCGGCAGAACGCGUAAGCGUCCUUUAAUCCAGUUAGCAUGGAGUGCUGUUUAUCGGAAGAGGCCAAGGAACAAAAGCGGAUCAAUCAGGAAAUCGAGAAACAGCUGCGGCGCGACAAGCGAGAUGCACGCCGUGAACUUAAACUGCUCCUGCUGGGCACGGGCGAGUCCGGCAAAUCAACGUUCAUCAAACAGAUGCGUAUUAUCCAUGGCAGCGGGUACUCGGACGAUGACAAACGCGGCUACAUUAAGCUGGUGUUCCAAAAUAUAUUCAUGGCCAUGCAGUCCAUGAUCAAAGCCAUGGAUAUGCUCAAAAUAUCAUAUGGUGUUGGCGAGCACAAUGCACUCGCCGAUCUGGUGAUGAGCAUUGACUAUGAAACAGUCACAACAUUUGAGGAUCCAUAUUUGAAUGCCAUAAAAACGCUGUGGUCCGAUGUUGGCAUACAGGAAUGCUACGAUCGCCGAAGAGAAUAUCAGUUGACAGAUUCCGCUAAAUAUUAUCUGAUGGAUCUCGAUCGUGUGGCUCAACCUGAUUAUUUACCCACUGAGCAAGACAUUUUAAGAGUUCGUGUGCCGACAACGGGGAUCAUUGAGUAUCCCUUUGACUUAGAAGAGAUCAGAUUUAGCUACCUUGACAAUAUUGAGCGCCUAGGGCAGCCUGAUUAUUUGCCCAGUGAGCAGGAUAUAUUGCGAUCCCGUUGUCCGACAACUGGAAUAAAUGACUAUAGCUUUCCAUUGCCUCCACUUGUAUUUAGAAUGGUGGAUGUCGGCGGUCAGCGUUCGGAGCGAAGAAAGUGGAUUCAUUGCUUUGAGAAUGUUACCUCAAUAAUAUUUUUGGUAGCGCUAUCUGAAUACGAUCAGAUCUUGUUUGAAUCUGAUAAUGAGAACCGCAUGGAGGAAUCAAAAGCUUUAUUUAGAACUAUUAUUACAUACCCGUGGUUCCAAAAUUCAUCAGUUAUUCUAUUCCUUAACAAGAAAGAUUUGUUAGAGGAGAAAAUCAUGUAUUCGCAUUUGGUGGACUAUUUUCCUGAAUACGAUGGUCCACAGCGAGAUGCAAUAGCAGCCCGUGAAUUCAUACUGCGCAUGUUUGUAGACUUAAAUCCAGAUUCCGAAAAGAUUAUCUAUUCUCAUUUCACCUGUGCUACAGAUACUGAAAAUAUAAGGUUUGUGUUUGCAGCUGUAAAGGAUACAAUUCUGCAAUCCAAUCUUAAGGAAUACAAUUUGGUCUAAACUGGAUUUGGAUCAGAAAACUAUUUUUGUGAUUUUUAUUAUACAUAUAUAUAUAUAUACAAAAUGUAUAUGU